UUUCUCAUCGCGUGGCGCUUGACGCUCCUCCGGGCAGCUCCUCUCCUUCCAGCCUUUCAGAUCCGCAGAGAAGAAGAUGGCGGCGCUACGAGUCGUGGUGCUCUCGGGGAGUGGGAGAGCUCUCCUGAGCACGCCGAAAACCAUCACCGCCCCCAAGGCCAACAUGUCCUUCGCCAGCCUGCCACGCAACAAGAAGGUUGCCCUGACAACGCUGGGCGUGGUCACAGCUGGAGGGGCGGGGCUUGCCCUGAUGCUGCAUCAGUCCGUCAAAGCCUCAGACCUGGAGCUUCACCCACCUCACUUCCCCUGGAGCCACGCUGGACCCCUGUCUGCCCUGGACCACGCCAGUGUCCGUCGUGGUUACCAGGUGUAUAAGCAGGUGUGCUCAGCCUGCCACAGUAUGGAGUACCUGGCCUUCAGAAACCUGGUGGGAGUGUCGCACACAGAGGCCGAGGUCAAGGCCAUCGCUGAGGAGAUUGAGGUUGUGGACGGUCCUGAUGAGAGCGGCGAGAUGUUCACCCGGCCCGGGAAGCUGUCCGACUAUUUCCCCAAGCCAUACCCGAACCCCGAGGCCGCCCGAGUCGCCAACAACGGAGCGCUGCCUCCAGACCUCAGCUACAUCGUCAAUGCCAGACACGGCGGUGAGGAUUACGUGUUCAGCCUGCUGACGGGAUACUGCGAGCCUCCCGCAGGAGUCACAGUGAGAGAGGGACUCUACUACAACCCAUACUUCCCCGGCCAGGCCAUCGGCAUGGCCCCGCCCAUCUACAACGAAGUGCUGGAGUUCGAAGAUGGAACCCCUGCCACCAUGAGCCAGGUUGCUAAGGAUGUGUGCACCUUCCUGAGGUGGGCGGCUGAGCCAGAGCACGACCAGCGCAAACGCAUGGGACUGAAGAUGCUGAUGGGCUCGGCCAUUCUCAUCCCCCUGGUCUACUACAUGAAAAGACACAGGUGGUCUGUGCUGAAGAGCAGGAAGAUCGCCUACCGGCCCCCCAAGUAAACGGAAACGAGCGCACCCCGACCUCCCUGACCACACAGAGGAGGCUGCGUUCAACAACCUCACAGCAUUUCCUCGCUCCACAACGUUCAAACGGACACAAAAACAACACACAUGCCUUUCUGAGAGGGGGUAGAGACAGAGUAUAAAUAUAUAUACAUUAAACUGUUUAUUCCUACAGAAAAAUGCCUUUUUUUAGUUGUCGGCAUGGUAGAACGACUUGUGUGAGAUAAAUUUCCUGUACCUGGAAUACUGUCUUGUAAGUUUUCGUUGUUUUGUUGCGGAGAGAUGUGGCGUUGUUGAACGCACCCGCCCCAAAGUUGCGGCUGCUGUCGAUUCACAUCCUGACAUCCGGGGUGGGCCACAUGCUCUCAGCUGAUUGAUCGAUCAUUGAUUGUCCAUCUUUAUGAGAUACCGAGUAACCAUUUGAGCGCUGAGAAAUGGAACGUGUGCGUGACUCCAUCCUUAACACACCGGGGGCCUCAGUGGAUCAAAUGCAACCUUUAAACCUCUGUUUUACUGUACAAAAUAAAUUAUCUUAAAGGAA